UCGAUAGGAGCCAUAUGUGAGGCAGAAGAAGUGCGAAGAAAACACGGGAAACUCCAAUGUUUGCAAAAUAAUUUGAUUAGCGUUCGAGGAGAAUGCCGUAAGCACUGAGGAGCAGGCAGUGGGCAUACAAAUACAUUCCCGAAAACAAAGAUAUCACUGGGAUACACGAGCUUUCCCGUGCAGCGCCCCCAUGGCCAAUAGAAACAUGCGUAACGCCACCAAAGUGGAAGCCCUGAUAGAGAGCUGCCGCAGCGAAGGCAAGUGGCAGCGAGUUAUCGAGCUGACUGACGAACUGAAGACCGGGUCGCCGCACAACGAAUGCCUGGCCAACUUUUUAGUGGGAGAGGCGCGGCUGGAGAACUACCUGGAAGACAACUCGCUAGCUGCCGCCGACUCCAACUUCGGGCGUGCCAAGUCAGGCUUAGCCGAGGCUCGGCGGUUCCUUCACCUGGCACUGGGGGAGAGUGGACAGAAGGCUGGCAUUGCCUUGGACGCCUACCUGCUGCUGGCCAAACUUUGCUUCGCAUGUGGCGAGUAUGAGCAGAGCCUCGACAAUUUUGUAAAGGCCGAACUCAACACACUCGCCGAGAAAGAACUGACCCUGCGCAGUCUCAAGAUCCUUGCCGAGUCUUAUGCCAUUAAGGGACUGUGUCUAGAGCAGCAGACUUCGAAGCCGUCGUCCAAGUUCAAGAAAGCAGAAAAAGAAUCAGAGAUGAUAAUCUGCUUUGAGCGCGCCACCGAUUUAGGCCUGCUGUACCUUCAGGAGUACGACAUCGUGAGUGGGAGCAGCUCAUCCAACUCCACUACUGGUUCCACUCUAAACGUGAACGCGUCGAGUGUGCAGACAUCGAACAGCAAUUUUGGCAUUAGCAGUACCAUUCCGGCGGGAGGUCCUUCCGGCUUGGAAGUGAACCGCAGAAUGGGCGCCAUUCUUGAGAUCGCCCUGCAACGUGCGCCCAUAGUGCUUAUCAAGACGGAAAAGCUUCAGGAAGCCGUUGAACGGUACCGAAUCAUGCUGAACGCCAUCGAGACGCGGGCUACUCAAUCUCUGCGUCUUACGCUGGCUCGUCAGCUAGCCGAAGUGCUUUUAAGAGGGGUGUCCGGCACGAUUUACGCCCCACCUUUUACCGGGAAGUCGGGCGGAGGGACCCUACGUGGAGGAUCCUCCAAGAAGCUGUGGAAGCCAAGAAAGUAUGCAGCCCGCCAGCAAUUCAAUCCACGGAACCAGCAGGAGGAGGUGAUACUGCUGCUACUUAUUGCCGAAGCUCUGGCUGUGAGAGAUACUGUUUUGUCCCAGAGUCCUGAGUUUCGGCAGGCUCGUCAGCAUGCUAUGGGCAACGUGACAGCAGUCUAUGAUCUUCUGACGUUAGCCACUGUGCGUUGGGGCCUCGUCCAGUUGUUGAACGAGUCCUUCGAAAAGGCUUUGAAAUUUAGUUUUGGUGAGCAACAUGUAUGGCGGCAGUAUGGUCUGAGUCUGAUGACAGCCGAAAAACAUUCACAUGCUCUGAGAGUGCUUCAAGAGUCAAUAAAGUUGACGCCUGGCGAUCCACUGCCUUGCCUCUUAGCCUCGCGCCUCUGCUACGAAAGUCUGGAGACGGUGAAACAGGGCCUAGAGUACGCUCAGCAAGCGCUUAAACGCGAAGUAAAAGGCCUGCGCCCAUCGCGCAGUCAACUAUUUGUUGGCAUCGGGCAUCAGCAGCUCGCUAUCCAGUCGAACCUCAAAAGCGAGCGGGAUGCGUGCCACAAGCUGGCUCUUGAAGCGCUGGAGCGGGCUGUGCAGAUGGACGGAAACGACCACCUAGCAGAGUACUACUUAUCCUUGCAGUACGCGCUGCUUGGACAACUAGCAGAGGCGUUGGCUCACAUCCGUUUCGCGCUGGCGUUGCGCAUGGAGCACGCUCCCUGUCUCCACCUUUUCGCGCUGUUGUUGACGGCUUCGCGUCGUCCUCGGGAAGCCCUGGGGGUGGUGGAAGAUGCUCUACACGAGUUUCCCGACAACCUACAGCUUUUACAUGUUAAGGCGCACCUGCAGUUGCACCUGGAAGACGCGGAGACGGCGCUGGGCACUGUACAGCACAUGCUGGCCGUGUGGCGGGACGCCUACGAGGCCCAGCUAACCGGGGAGGAGGAAAAGCACUCGGAUACCAAAAGUGGCGUGCACUUAGCACAUUCGUCACAGAUGUCCGACAAGGAUUCAAAUUCCGUGUAUGCUGCUUCCCUGGCUGCAGUAUCCCGUGUGGAACAGGCUUUGAGUGAAGCAGCCAGCUCACUUAGUUCGUUUACCCAGCGUCCUGGACCUCGACGACCCUGGAUGCUCCAGAUUGAGAUUUGGCUCUUACUGGCUGAUGUCUAUCUGCGCAUCGAUCAGCCUAACGAAGCACUCAACUGCAUACACGAAGCUUCACAGAUAUACCCGCUUUCGCAUCAGAUCAUGUUCAUGCGCGGACAAGUGCACGUGUAUUUGGAGCAAUGGUUUGACGCUAAGCAAUGUUUUUUAAAUGCUGUGGCCGCUAACCCCAAUCAUACGGAAGCUUUGCGCGCCUUAGGAGAGGCGCAUUUGAUAAUGGGCGAGCCCCGGCUGGCUGAGAAGAUGCUUAAGGACGCGGCUAAGCUAGAUCCAAGCUGUCCAAGGAUUUGGUUUGCUUUGGGCAAGGUAAUGGAGAUCCUGGGAGACUUUCAUGUCUCGGCCGAUUGCUUUGCCACAUCGCUGCAACUAGAGCCUUCGUGUCCAGUGUUACCCUUUACUUCCAUACCGUUAAUCUUUGAAUAGGAACCGAUGUUGGACAUCUUUUGUUUUGUUCGGAGCAGAUUUAACCUUAACUAACCUCAAAACGAACAGCAAUAUUACUUACUAUGCAUUCAUAUUUACCUAAACCUUAAGAAGUUCAAGUCUUAAUUUAUAACUUCGUUAUAUAGUAAGUAGAUGGUGGGUGUGUCGCGGCUUAAUAAGUUUCACCUUUGUCUCUUCCGAUUUAAUAUUUUUUCUUUUGAGAAACCGAUAAACCCGUUUUAUUACGGUGGCAAAAUGAAGUACUUCUUUGCCAAUGCUUGCAUUAUUACCAAUGCAAUAUAUAUAUAUAUAACAAAAUAAUCUAAAUCAUAAAAAACAAUAUUAACUUGCAUGUAAUCAAAUUUGCACCCAUACAAAAAAAAUCAAAUAAAUGAAUGGUCUAAUUUGCGACAAAUGCA